GGUUACUUACAGAACAUUUCUUCAUUUUGAUUCGAGGUGUCUAAGAGAGCUGAGCCCAGUGUGGCCCCUCUGAGACUCUGCACCAUGUCCCCCAAGUUGCAGAGCAUUCUCCCAGCCCUGUACCUCCUGGGGGUCUUGACCCUACUGCUGUGCCCUUCAGGCCUGUGUGAGGUUUGCUGUCCAGUACCACAGCUGAAUCAUGGAAAAAUUAUUCUGCAAAGACAGCAGAGAAAAGGUUUGGCCAAUAAGUGCGAAUAUUUCCAUGGAGAUUUGAUUUUAUAUUCAUGUAAUGGGAGACGUAUCGCUGAAGCUUCAUGCCAAGGAGAUGGCACCUGGAGUCCUGACACACCAACAUGUGGAGAGAGUUGCUAUUAUCCUCCUGUCAUUGACCAUGGACGUCCUAAACUAACUACACACACAUUCUCACCUGAUGUGGCUAAAUAUGAAUGUGACAAAGGAUACACUCUGGUUGGAAAUCCCAUACUCUACUGCAGUUAUUCACGCUGGUCUGGUCCACCUCCUCAAUGCAAAGCUGUAUGUCCGAGACCAGAGAUAGAACAUGGGAAUCUGCUUGUGGAUAAGGAUCAGUUUGUUGAAAAUGAAAAUGUCACCAUGCAGUGUGACUCUGGCUAUGCUAUCGUUGGUCCCCAAACCAUCACCUGCUUGGAGGACAGGACCUGGUACCCAGAGGGAUCCAAGUGUGAGUGGGUGGUCCCUCCAGGUAGUGAGCAAGUGAAAGCAGGCAGAAAACUCAUACAGAGUCUCCCUUGCGUGGAGGAUGUGAAGAUGGCCCGGGAGCUGUAUAAAUUGUCAUUGGAAAUUGAACGCCUAAAACUGCAGAGGGACAAGGCAAAGCUAUCCACUCUGGUGUCCCCACACUGAUUUUUCCCAGAAGGUGCCCUGCUGUCUUCCAUUCAAUAUGGGUCACUUUAGUUUAGAAAUCUGCCAUUCUUUUGCAUUGUAAUGAAUACCUAAAAACGGAAUAUUUUUUAUUUUGCUAGUGCUCUGAUAUUAUAGAAUUGUUGAUAACCUUGUGGCUCACAUUUUUGCUUUUUUGGACACAAAUUGCACAUUUUUCCAUUAAAAAUUUACUUAUAGAGAACAA